AUGAUUUGUAUUGUAGCUAGAGGUCAGGUUGUGAUUAAUGUUGAAGGACAUGUGGUGCACUUAACUGAUAUACUCUAUGUCCCAGAUGCAAACACAAACCUGAUAUCAGUAUGGGCUUUAGCAAACAAUGGCAUACAUGUGACUUUCGAAUCUGAUAAAGCACAUCUUGAAUGGCCAGACAGCUACAAUGAUCCUAAAAGAUGUAUAUUUAGCCACAACUUCAUUCAUGAAUGGUGUGGACACCCAGGCAGAGACAAGACCAGAAUGAUCGAAAAGCUCUACAAACUCAAGAUUAAGCCUGACAACUGCCAAGUCUGUGCAGCAGGCAAAUCAAUGAAAGCCCAGAUGGGGCAAAGCAGCAGGGAAUGUGCAAAAUCACUGAUGGAACUAAUACAUGUUGACCUAGCCAUGCAUUUCUCAAUGAUGAUGGAAUUCACAUGUCUGUUAGUGGCCAUAGAUGAUGCAUCCAGCUUUACAUAUGUUAAACCACUGCAAGCUAAAUCAGAUGCACUUCAAGUAUUGAGAGAAUGGAUCUGA